AUGCACUCUCUAGUAGAAGAAAUGGGAAAAGAAUUGUCCGUGCACAGUCCGACUGACCCAGGAGAAUGGGAGUUCCUAACAGAUUCAAAGAAUGUAUGUGAUGUACUCAAAGAUGGCACGGGCACUAAAAAAAUUAUAGGUGUGUCGUUGGAUAUAGAUGAGAUUGAUGAGUUGCGAAUACAUUAUGAAGCCUUCAAAAGGAUGAGAAAUCUCCGUUUUCUAAACAUUUACACUAAGAGAUGGGGCGUGAAGGAAGAAUUUAGAUGCUACUUACAUGAAGACUUCAACUAUUUGCCUCCUCAACUUAGACUCUUGAGGUGGGACGGAUGCCCAAUGAGACGCAUGCCUUCUAGCUUUUGUCCUGAAAAUCUCGUUAAGAUCCAAAUGCAAGGGAGCAAACUCGAGAAGUUGUGGGAAGGAAUUCAUUCACUUCCAAGAUUCAAGGAUAUGGAUUUAUCGAGAUCUACAAAUCUAAAAGAGAUCCCAAAUCUUUCCAUGGCCACUGCUCUCGAGACACUUAAUCUUGGGCACUGCUCGAGUUUGGUGGAGCUUCCUUCUUUUAUUCAGUAUCUCCAAAAACUGAAGACGAUAGACAUGUCAUAUUGUGAAAAUUUGGAGAUUCUUCCAACCGGAGUGAACCUCAAAUCUCUCGAACAGCUCACUCUGAGCGGAUGCUCACGGUUGAAGAGUUUUCCUGAAAUCUCAACCAACAUCUCAGCGCUCAGUCUAGAGGAAACAGGGAUUGAAGAAUUUCCCCCGAACUUGCGUCUAGAGAAUCUCGUCUACCUUAACACUUCUCGUCUGGAAAGUGAGAAAUUGUGGGAAAGAGUUCAGCCGCUUACACCCCUCAUGGCCAUGAUAUCUCCCUCUCUGAUGAUGAGGUUGUUCCUCACGGAUAUCCCAACUUUGGUGGAGCUUCCUUCUUCAUUUCAGAAUCUCAGUAAACUGGAAACGUUGAUCAUUACAGACUGCAUAAAUCUGGAGACUCUUCCAAAUGGCAUCAAUUUCGAAUCUCUUAGUUCACUCAGUCUGUCUGGAUGCUCACGGUUGACGAGUUUUCCUGAUAUCUCAACCAACAUCUCACUUCUCCUUCUAGACGAAACAGGGAUUGAAGAGGUUCCUUGGUGGAUCGAGAACUUCAGCAAUCUAGAUAUUAUGAGCAUGAAGGAAUGCAAAAGUUUGAAGCAUGUUUCCCUCAACAUUUCUAAACUGAAACGUCUUUGGAAAGUUGACUUUUCAGAUUGUGGGGCAUUGACUGAAGUUAGCUUGAAUGAUAGUCCUUGUGCGGUGGCAAUGGUAACAGACAAUCAUCACUCUAAGUUAUCAAUACUCGACGAAGACGAAGACGACUACCACGCAAGCUAUAUGCCAAGCAUCGAUUUCAAAAACUGCUUCAACUUGAAUCAAGAAGCUCUAGUUGAAACACUAACAGUAUUGGCUAAACUAAUCCUGCCAGGGGAAGAGGUGCCUUCGCAUUUCACUCAUCAAGCUUCUGGUAACCCCUCCUCUCUGACCAUCCCUCUACUUCCCAGCUUUCUAUCAAAACGGUUCUUCAGAGUUAGGGUGUGCGUUGUUGUUAUGUCCGGAAGUGAUUACUACGGAGGACAUCUCAAUGUAAAAUGUCAAUUCAAAGGCAGAUCUGGGAAAAAGUUUGAAUACUAUGGCGACCUGCGACCGUACUUUAAUGCUACUGAGAAGGGUAGUAAUCUGUUUAUAUUCGAUUGUCGUUUCCGUCUAUACGAGUACGUCAUCGAUGCUCCUCCUCAAGCUGAGCUGAACUAUGAUCACGUGGAUAUAGAACUUCAUGCGACGAAUCUUUUUCAUGAGAACGGGAAGACUCCGAGCAGAUUAAAGAGAUGGGGUGUUCGCCUCUUGGACGACAAUUCAACAGCGGAGAACGGACUUGGUAGUCCAAAUACUCUUCUUCCACAUGUUUGUGAAGCCGAUGAAGACAAUAUGGUUAUUGAUGAAUGCCAUGAGACUGAGCAAGGUCAUGAAGAAUGUGGAGAUAUCUCUGUGGAGGCAGAGAGAUGCACGAAGCGUAUGCGGACUACAUGA